UACAAAAAGAGAAGCGUAUCCGUCUCUGCCCUUCCGAUGUUCCGUGUGGUGGUGCUUCUGGGCUUCUUGCUUCAUGUUGUAGCCGAGAUAGUCUAUGUUCAAGUGAUUUUUAGGCAUGGCGAUCGAGCUCCGUCGGAUGUUUAUCCCUUGGAUCCGUACGGUGAAGAGGUUUGGCCUCGUGGAUUCAGCCAAUUGACCGAAAAAGGAUACAAACGCGCUCAGCAACUAGGGAAAUAUUUACACACACGCUACAGGACACAGCAUCGUUUACUUGGCCAAAAAUUUGAAAAUAGAAAGGUUUUCGUCCGUUCAAGCGAUAAAGACAGAUGUAUAGAAACAGCCAUGGGAGUCGUUUCCACCCUUUUUCCAUCCGAAAUAGUGCCAAUUCAUACCUAUUCAAGUCAUAAGUACGACCUGCUUUUGAAGCCGAGCAGUGUUCGCUGUGACCGAGCAGAUAUCUUGGUUUCCGGCGAUAAACGCAAACUUUAUCAAAAGCGGAACCGGGGGUACAAGAAUCUCUUUGCUUAUCUCUCACAUCACACCGGAACACAUGUUUCUAUGAGCAACAUCAAAAACAUCUACAACACAGUUCAUCGUGAGAGCGAAAGUGGCUUGAAGCAACCGGAAUGGGUUUACAAGAUAACUGACCACAACACUACCAUCAUCGAGGAGAUGGCAGAACUGAAACGUCAGGAGCGUAUUGAAGCUUACAACUCUUUUGAGAAAGCGAAAUUGAGCACUGGUUUUCUCACUGGUCAGCUGCUCAAAGAACUUCGGGACAAAGUAGUGGGAAUAUCUCGAAAGAGUAUGGCUCUGUACUCGACGCACGAUGCCACCAUAACCUCGCUUUUGUAUAAUCUUGGAGUGUCAAAUCAACUCUUGCCUCCUUACACGGCUGCAGUUUUAUUGGAACUACACAAAAUCAAUAAGCAUCACUUCGUAAAGGUUCUCUUCCGUAACUCAACCAAAGAAGCAUCACCACUGCAACUUCCAACCUGCGCUGUCCUCUGCCCAUGGCAAGACUUCGUACGCUUCGCGACUCCACGGUCAUUUCAAACUAGAGAAGAAUUUGAAGUUGCAUGUGAGAAUAGGCGCGACUCGCAGAAGGUUCACCCCAAGAGGGAGGAAACAUCAUCAACACUGCCCCUCAAUCCAGAACUGAUUGCUGUAGCUGGAUAUUCUCUUUUGCUGCUUGUUGUCUUGUAUCUCUACAGAGCAAUACCCAUCAAGGGUCUUCCUGCAAGCUGUGAACCCUGA